AGUACGUUUUGCGUUGGGGCUGUGUGACCUUUGCGUUCGGUUAUCGGGAAAAAAGGUUGAAUUAUACUUGGUUGUCUUACGGGUGGGAAAAGCAAGGGAGAGAAACAACGGAGAACCGAAGAGAAAGAGAAGAAAGGGAGGGAAAAAAGAGAGAGAAAGAAAAAAAACUUGGAAAAAAUGCUCUUCCGUCGCACUUUCUUAAAAUCAUUCCUAGUUUCCAUCAUUUUGGUCGUGACGCUUUAUGCAGUCUACGACGUACAUCGAAUCUACGAAAUUGGCAGCGUAAACCUCAACGAUUCCACAGCAGGAAGUCAAGGAAGAGGAGGUGCUGGUGCCGAAGCUGUCGACCUCGCCAGGGCCCAGACAGCGGUAAGCGAGGAGUCUGCGGUCGACAGACGGUUAAGUGAGAGGAAGAAGAAUAUCUUGGAAAUGUGCGAAGGAAGGCAAUUUAGCUGUUACCUCAAUGCAACACUUACCUUUCAUAUGUAUCCCUUCCAUGACUACAACGCUACUGUUUGUACUAUUCCAAAGGCGGGAUCAUCCACCUGGCGGAACCAUCUGCGGCGUGUGAACAAGGGUCCUCCCAUGCACCUCCCCAUCAGAGAUGACCCUCGUCGGAAAGACUUCCUCUCGCGCUCCGUCAACGCUUCCUAUGAUGCCAUCUUGUCAAUGGCUACGAUCAUUACCGUCAGACAUCCUCUCACCAGACUGGUCUCCUGCUAUCGUAACAAGUACAAAGAUGGGAAAGUGCUGCGGCGCCACCAUCCAAGCUGGGAACGACUGAUACGGAAGCAAGUCUCUGGAUCCUACUGGCCGGACAGGUUCAGGCAGUUUUGGCUUCCUGCGCUUAUCAACAACGGGCUCUUGCCAAAGGACAUGCACCUUCAGCUGGGUCUCUCUCAGCCCAUAGAUCCUGACGUAGAAUACAACGCAUGGGUUUACGAAAAGAUCCACGCCAUUGUUCGUCCCCGCCUCACUUUCGUGCAGUUCCUACGUCACGUGAUUGCCACCUAUCAGGCUAAUCGUCCUGACGCCCAUUGGAGUCCAUACCAUCGAGACUGCUGUCCUUGUCUCGUCAAUUACGACUUCGUCACGAGGGUGGAAACGCUGACGGAGGACCUGGAACACGUCUUCAAGGUCUUGGGAAUACCCUCAGAUCCUUCCGUGUCCAUGAACCAGAAUCGCAAGAACUUGGGUGAUCCUUAUAAGGACCUAAGAUACUACCGAGACGUCCCGUUUGAAAUUCGGAAUGAGCUCUAUACCUUCAUCCAGACGGACCUGGAUAUGUUUGGAUACAAGCUCCCAGCUGGCUUCUUGGAGAAUACUGUCAGUUGAUUCUUUGGUUUAAAUCCUCUUAUGUUAUUGUUUUCUUGGUUUCUGAACAUCUAAAGAUAUCUUUUGUAUGCAUGUGUGAAUACAUAAAGAUUUUUUGGUUUGUAUCUGUGUGUGUAUGUGUGUGAAUAUUUCAUGGCCAUAUACGUGAACAGUGUAUAUCGGAUAUAAGGUGAUAAAUUGAUUGAUGACUUGAUAUAAAGGCUGUUUAGUAUUCGAUAAAUUUGGGGACUGACUUUGUUCAUUGAAACAUUCAUGACGCUAAAUAAAAUUACGAUCAUCUUU